AUGCGUCGUCUACCUCGCUACGUAGUCUCGGGAGUGCAUUUCACCACGGCUUGUAUGCUCCUCUUCUUUCUGAUGCCGCGACGAACAGGCGGCUAUAGACAGAGGAAUUUCUCCAGCUAUAGAGCCUCCAGCACAGCAGUCAAUUUUGGCGCUGAUCGAGAGCACCUGGAAGCUCACAUGCGACAGCACACACGAUCCUUCUGCACCUGUGGCAAUGACAUCCUUCAGAGCAGAUUCUGCAAACAAGACUUCGUUAUCGUGGCAGGAAGAACACCAACGCAAUCGCGAACUUUUUACAGGACCAGUGGUCCAAAUCUCUUGCACUUCGCGGGUACUAUUCUAUCCCUGGAGGUGAAGCAGGUCUUGAAGGGACCUCUUGAAGCGAACAAGACUGUUGAUGUUCACUUCAUCCAAGGAACUGCAUGCGGUGUUACUCCUCCAAUGAUUCCGACGAAGAAGGCAAAUUUCCUGAUCACAGGAUUUCGCCUCUGCUUUCCAAGCUGUGAUAAAACCCUUCACUACCACAAUCAACAGACAACACAACUGUUUCUUGUUACGCGGUGUAGUGCCUCCAUGCCCCUUGAAUCUCUCUCAAUUACCCAAAUCGCUGGUCUGUUUUUGGGACUCUACAACUGUAAUAAAGAGUCCUGUCGAGUGAGUCUUUUGGGUAAAAUCUAUUAG